AUGGCCCAUGAAUCAGACUCACUGCCACUUCUUCCCCAAGAAAUAAUAUUUGAAAUACUGGUAAGAUUACCCGUAAAAUCUUUGUUGAGGAUGAGGUGUGUUUCUAAAUCUUUGCUUUCUCUCAUCUCAGCUCCCAAAUUCCUCAAAACCCAUCUCAAAUUUUCAACCAAGAAACAAGGUUUUGCUCUUCUUUUUAGUAGCUCUUAUGAAAACACCCUAACAUUUGACACUUGCUCUCUUUAUGCAAUUAUGUAUUAUCAAGAAUCUCCCCAUAUACCUGAUGAGCUUCAUUUUCCUUGCAAAGAGCCAUUUGUUCACUAUAACGUUGUGGGCUCGUGUGAUGGAUUGUUCUGUAUUUCUGGUGGUUUACGCGACCUAUUUCUAUGGAAUCCGUCUAUAAGAGAGUUGAAAAAAUUGUCAUUUUCAGGUAGUAAGGUGCAUAAUAGUUCGUAUGUGGCUUAUGGUUUUGGUUACAAUGAGUGUCAAGAUGAUUACAAAGUUGUACAAGUUGUGGGAAGUUCGCAUAGUCACUAUGGGUUUCAGAAUGAAUUUAGGAUUUAUAGUCUAAGAACUAAUUCUUGGGAAAUGACUAAAGAGUACCCAAGUGUUAUAUUUUGCAAUGAUCCUGCUAAAUUUGUAAACGGAAGACUUCAUUGGAUCGCUAUGCGUGUUAGUGAUAAGAGUGACUCAUGGUUUGUCUCUUCAUUAAACCUCGUAGACGGGACAUAUGAUAAUGUAGCAUUGCCCGAUCUCGUUGAUGGUAAUUCUGAUUGGGAAUUAGGGACUUUAGAUGGUAAUCUAUGUGUAUUUUGCGACUAUUAUAAGGUCCAGAUGGAUGUGUGGGUAAUGAAGGUGUAUGGACUUGUGGAGUCAUGGACUAAGGUGGCUUCAAUCCCUUAUUUUACAGCUAUUGAGCAUUCAAUUUUGCCAGUUUUCAUCUCCCAUAAUGAUGAAAUAUUACUGCAACACGGUUCAAGUUUAUUGCUAUAUAAUUCAAGACACAACAAUUUCAAGCAUCCUCAGGUUCAGAUCCAUCAUGGUUAUGGAAUUCAAUUUAGUCUGUACACAGAAAGUCUUGUUUCGCCAAAUUUUGUGGAGGAAGUUUGA